GAUAAAGUUUUUAAAUAGGUUGUUGCAGAACAUAACCCAUUUGAAAUCAGACAUAAAAGGAUCCCCAACCGCUAGUCUCCUACUGAAGUAACUCACCAUGGCCAGUCUCGGAUACCUUUACUCUCUGUUACUAACCCUCGUCAAUUUCGACCCAGUAAGCUUCUCUCCUCACCGAUCCACACCAGAAGCAAACCACAAGGCCCUGUUUGUGUUUGGUGAUUCACUCUUUGAUGCCGGAAACAACCAAUACCUGAAUGCUAGUGUGGAAGGAUCAGCAGUUAUCUGGCCAUAUGGGGAAACCUACUUCGACCAUCCCACUGGUCGAAUCUCCGAUGGCCGCAUUGUCCCGGAUUUUAUUGCUCAGUUUGCAAAUCUUCCUUUGCCACCACCAUACCUGGAACCUGGUGCUCAUCAAUUCAGUGAUGGAACCAACUUUGCUUCUGCCGGAGCUGGUGUUCUGCCUGAAACUCAACCCGGAACGAUAGAUCUUCCAAGUCAGUUGAGCAAUUUUAGGGACAUGAAGAAGUCACUGCAUCAGAAAUUGGGUGACAAAGAGGUUAAGAAGUUGCUGGGGAGAGCUGUUUAUUUCUUCAGCAUUGGAGGAAAUGACUACAUUAACCUCUUUUCCCAACAGCCAAAAGCUCCUCAUAGCUGCAAGAGGCAAUAUGUAGCAAUGGUGAUCAGGAACUUGACCAUUGUGCUCAAAGAAAUAUAUGAUUUAGGAGGAAGGAAAAUUGCAUUUCAGAAUGUGGCACCUCUGGGCUGCAUACCUGCGGUGAAAUCAGGAAAUCCUGAUGUUGGUAGUAAAUGUCUUGAAGAACCAUUAAAGCUGGCCAGACUACAUAAUAGAGCUCUUUCUACUGCCCUCAAGAAGUUAGAGAACCACUUACCAGGAUUCAAGUACUCAAUAUUUGAUUACUAUAAUGCACUUGGGGACAGAGUUAACAAUCCUUCAAAAUAUGGCUUCAAGAAUGGGACAUCUGCUUGUUGUGGUAGUGGGGCAUUUAGAGGGUCUAAUUGUGGGACAGAACCAUACGAGUUAUGCAGCAACCCCAGUGAGUAUGUGUGGUUUGAUGGUGGUCAUACAACUGAAAGUGCCAACCUCCAACUAGCUGAGCUAAUAUGGAGUGGACCUUCAAAUGUGACGGGGCCUUACACUAUGAAACAGCUAUUUGAACAAUCUUGAUUCUAACAGCAUAUGCCCUUCAGGCCUUAUGAGUCAAGGCUGCUUUGUAGUUCUAAAACCUCUUUCAUUAUCAGUCUCCUAAAUUUGUGAUUUUUAGAGGGCUUUUAGAUGUUCAUCUUGGAAGCCAUCGAAAAUUCCUUUAAUUAUCACGGGUUGUAUAUAACCAUGUAUUUAUUGUUUUGAUAGUAUCUUUUUCAAUCA